AGGAUGUCUAUCCCAGAUGGUUUUAGACAGGGAACUGAACCCUCCACCUCGAGGCUCCAAACACAGACAGUAGCAUGUACGGGGGAGAUCAUCAAUGGAAACUGCUAUGAGUUCAACCCCACACCACUGGCCUUUCAAGAUGCACAGGCGUUAUGCAGAGCUCUUGCCCCAAAUGCUGAGCUUGCAUCUGUAACCAGUGACGAUCUACAUUCCCGCCUGGUGUCCUUGGUGACCAGUGGUGGCAAGAACAACCCUGUGUUGACCUGGCUGGGAGGCAUGGUCAAGAACCAGCAGGCAUCCUGGGUAGACGGGUCAGAGUGGAGUUACAGCGACUGGAUGCCAGGUCACCCCAACAUUCAGACUGAUAAACCAGUCUGCGUGGACAUGUUCAAGAUAGAUGAGAGCUGGUGGACAGCCACUGAUUGUGAACUGAAGAGAGCAUCCAUCUGCUCAUACCCGAUCACUGCAUGAAAACCACAAAGAAACACAACAUAAGAGAGUGACCACCUUGAUUUGUCUUCUCUUGAAUACCCCGAACAAUCUUUCUCACAGACAUUGUUGUCUGUCUGUGUUUUCCUUAAAUAAA